AUGCCACUGUCUUUGACUCAAACAUGCUCCUCAGGGCCUCUCCUGAUGCUGUUGGUGUCAAACCUCCUUCUGUGGGAGAAAGUGGCCUCUGCACCCAUGAAUGUCAGUGAGGCUGGCCUUAGUAAAGUGUCCCUUAAGGACUUGUUUGAUAAUGCCACCGCACUGGCUGAAAACAUCACUGAACUCGCUACAGAAAUGCGCCUGGAAUUUUUCCACGACAAGUUCUCUUCAAAAAUAUUCAAUAAAAUUAUACUAGAUUUGAGCAAGAAAAAUAAAAUGGCAGAGCUCGUCAACAGCUGCCACACUCUUCCCAUCAAAACUCCGGACACAAAAGAGGAAGUUCGCAAUACCACGAUUCAAGGCUUUUUGAAACUGUCACUCAGUAUACUGCAUGCCUGGAAAGACCCUCUGAAACAUCUAGUGACAGAACUCAGUGCUAUGCCAGAAGCACCUCAUGUUAUCCUAUCAAAGGCCAAAGCCAUUGAGGCCCAACACAAAAUCUUUCUGGAGGAGAUCGUGAGGAUAAUAUCCAAGGUUGAUCCUGCAAUCCAAGAAACUGAAGACCCCCCAGUCUGGUCAGAUCUGGAAUCCUUGAGGGCAGCUGAUGAAGAAAUUAGAUUUUUUGCUCUUUAUUUGUUUUCAUAUUGCCUGCGUCUUGACCUACGAAUAGUUGAAUUUUAUGUCAAUAUCUUGAAAUGUAUCCUUAUAAAUGGUGACAUCUGUUACUCAUAUUUUGAGCCAUUAAUGAACUUCUAA